AUAUUUGUUUGUUAUUCUAAUGGUGACCGAUUUCAAUGCCUUUCAAUUUAAUUAAGUAAAGCAAUGUUAGUAUAAGCAAUAAAAAUGGACUGUAUAACAAAACGAUUUAAAAAUCAAAACUUGAAUGUCUUGAAAACAGUCGGUAAAGGGACUUACGGAAAUGUAUAUUUAUGUGAAAAGCGAGAUAGUCCUCAGAUGACGAUAGUUAAGGAUAUAGAAUUAAAUAUUAAGCUUCAAGAUCAUAAACAGGAUAUAGCAAAUGAAGUCAAGAUUUUAUCCUCCCUGAAUCACGCGAAUAUCAUAAAAUUGUAUGCAUGUUACUACACUGAUAAUCAUGUUAUGAUAUCCAUGGAAUAUGCCACUAGCGGGAAUCUAGCGGAGUAUAUGUAUCAGAGGUGUCCCAACUUAUUGCAACAACAGGAAAUACUUUUUUAUUUUUGCCAAGUUCUGUUAGGAGUAAACUACAUCCAUAGUAAAAAUAUAAUUCAUCGAGAUUUAAAAGCAGAAAAUAUUCUCUUGACUGGCAAAAAUGGUGUAGUGGUCAAGAUAGGUGACUUCGGAAUAUCUAAAAUGUUGGCGAGUGCUAAGAAAACAUCGACUGUUAUAGGCACGCCUUAUUACUUGGCCCCAGAAUUGUGCGAAGGUAAACCAUAUUGUAACAAAAGUGACGUAUGGGCGCUUGGUUGUUUACUUUAUGAAAUGUGUACACACAAGAGGGCAUUUGAUGCUGAGACACUAGUUGGCUUAGUGAAGGCCAUUACGAGCGGCAACGUUCAUCCCAUUGAUUUGACUAUAUAUGACAGAAGCAUGCAGGACAUCGUUGACGCAAUGCUUUCAAUAUUGCCUGAUAAAAGGCCUUCUAUAAAAGAUUUAAUUGGACGAAUGGUACUUCUACCUGAUAUUUAUACUGUGUAUUUAGAUGCUGGCAAUGACGAAUUAUUAUAUUUAAAGGCAAAACAAUUUUUAUAUAAAUGACAAUUAAAUCGUGAAAAUAAAUAAUAAGACAAUUUGAUG